AUGAUGUACUCACCGGACAAGAUGAUGGGGAGCAAGGGACUCCACGGGGCACCCAUCACUGCCCCGGGUUGUUUCCCUUCGGGAAGGUAUUCGCCGCCGCCUUAUCGUGCCGCACCAGACCCCAUGCCACCACCGCCGCGACGCUGUAUGCCCAAUCCUACGAGUCGUAUAUUGGAGGAUGCCUCCAUUAUGUGCAAUUCCUGGUCACCGAGGCAUAACGGUGACUUAUUUGGGGGCCUGAACAGCGGUCUACAAGACGGCUUACUCUCGAGGGCGGAGGCUUUGGCGGCGGAUUUGGGAAAACACAACGCGGGGACUCCAAUGCCUUUGAAGCACGACCCUGUUUCCGUCUAUCAUCAUGGAGCCCACAUGCCAACCCCCCAUCCAAAUAACCGGCCACAUCAUCAGGUACAUUCACACCUCUUUAUGAGCCAUCCGGGUAUGGAGAGUCUGGACAUGUUGGACCCGGCAAAUUCAAUGACCACGUUGACGCCAAUGUCAGAGAAUACCGGCGGUGGACCAGGUCAUCACGCCGGUAUUCAUGGUCCUUCUGUCUACGGGGGCAUGAACGGUAUGAUGGGUCAUCAUCAUCAUCACGGAAACCUGGGCGGCGGAGGUGGUAGCGUGCCACAUCCUGCUCAUCAUCAUCCAGCGAUGGCAGCAGCUGCAGCGUUGCACCCAGACGCGGAUACGGAUCCGCGAGAGUUGGAAGCAUUCGCGGAAAGGUUUAAACAAAGACGCAUCAAACUGGGCGUGACGCAGGCCGACGUCGGUAAAGCGCUGGCGAAUCUAAAGUUACCGGGUGUCGGGGCGUUAUCACAGUCAACAAUAUGUCGAUUCGAGUCCCUGACGUUGUCGCACAACAACAUGAUCGCGUUGAAGCCGAUCCUGCAAGCGUGGCUCGAGGAGGCGGAGGCUCAAGCGAAGAACAAGAGGCGAGAUCCCGAUGCGCCGUCUGUACUACCCGCCGGCGAGAAAAAGAGAAAGAGGACGAGCAUAGCCGCGCCGGAGAAACGAUCGUUGGAGGCGUAUUUCGCCGUACAACCGCGGCCGUCCGGCGAGAAGAUCGCCGCGAUCGCGGAGAAGCUCGACCUGAAAAAGAACGUCGUGAGGGUCUGGUUUUGUAAUCAGCGACAGAAGCAGAAGCGCAUGAAAUUCGCGGCUCAGCAUUGA